AAAACGUUACUCACGUCUUCUCACCUUGGAUUCAUCGUUUUGUCCGUUUUCCAAUUUCCUCGUCACACUUGGCAUCCUUCCCCGCACUCUUUCUCUUGCUUUGUUACACCAACUGGACCACUGUACUUACUUGUCCCGUCAAUCAAUUCAUCCUCCAUCCCCAGUCUCUUGUUACAGAAACACACACUACACACAAUAACAGACACACAAAAGAACCUGAAUGGCUACAUUGCGAGUUCCUGCAUCUGUACCUCCUGCAGAUGAGGAUUGUGAGCAGCUUAGGAAAGCUUUUGCAGGGACUCGGCAAAGUCUGGGUUGACUCAACACCGGAACGGAAUUCUCCGAUGAGAUACCCGGACGAGUUGACGCCGAAAUAAUAAAUUGCCGAGACUUCGGUCGAGACGGAUAGAAACAGCCGAGUCGCCUGAGUCAUCCGACAACUCGAAUUUUUAUUAUUUUUGCUAAUUUCGUAGUUAGCCAAUGUCCUCCUAUAUUGGAACCGUGUUGUUCCAAUUUGUGCUGUUACUAUCUUCUUUCUACUAGUUGUUUCUCUGUUGUUUGUGUGUAACAAAAUGUACUACUAUUACCUAUUCUUGAAGUUCUUUAGGAAACUAAUGCACUAAGAGGCCUUUUGCCCAACUUGAAGGAAAUUUUGAUAGAAAUGGAGAUGAUUGUAAAUAUCAUACCUCUUGCUUUGUAUUUGACAAAAAUCAGACAUGAGGUGUUUGAAUAUAUUACAGGAUGGGGAACAAACGAGGACCUAAUUAUCCAGAUCCUGGCUCACCGAAAUGCAGCACAGCGUAAGUUGAUUCGGGAAGUAUAUGCUGCAACUUAUGGAGACGAUCUUCUGAAAGAUUUGGAUGCUGAACUUUCUAGUGACUUUCAGCGUGCAGUACUGCUAUGGACACUUGAUCCAGCUGAGCGUGAUGCGCUCUUGGCUUAUGAAGCUACAAAGAGGUUGACUGCUAGUAAUUGGGUUAUCAUGGAAAUUGCUUGUACCAGAUCUUCACAAGAUCUCUUCAAGGCGAGGCAGGCCUAUCAUGCUCGUUACAAGAGAUCCAUUGAGGAAGAUGUUGCAUAUCAUACAGCUGGGGACUUCCGUAAGCUUUUGGUCCCCCUAGUGACUGCAUUCAGAUAUGAAGGAGAUGACGUCAACAUGACUUUAGCAAAAUCAGAAGCUAAGCUACUUCACGAGAAGAUAUCUGAAAAGGCUUACAAUAAUGAGGAGAUUAUCAGGAUUUUGACUACAAGGAGCAAGGCACAGCUCAAUGCAACUCUCAACCAGUAUAACAAUGAGUUUGGGAAUGCUAUCAACAAGAAUCUGAAAGAUGAUCCUAAAGAUGAGUACCUCAAAUUACUUAGAGCGACAAUAAAGUGCCUGACGAGUCCCGAGAGAUACUUUGAGAAGGUUCUUAGAUUGGCUAUCAACAGAGUGGGUACUGAUGAAUGGGCUCUCACUCGUGUUGUGACUACUCGAGCUGAGGUUGACUUGCAGCAUGUCAAAGAAGAGUAUCAUAAAAGGAACAGUGUCCCCCUGGACCGUGCAAUUGCUGGAGACACUUCUGGAGACUAUGAGAAAAUGCUUCUGGCUUUAACAGGGCAUGGAGAUCUUUGAGUAGCUCCUUGUUCUGCACUUUAAGAGCUUUUUAUGUACGAAAUACAGUCAGUAAUAAGUGUUUAAAGUUCCAUGACUUUGAAACAUGAACUUCUGCUGGUUUGGUCAGUUAAUGGCCAGAGAAACUGUGUGCUGUUAUCUAUGAUUGGUUCAGAGUGUCCUUCAGAAUUC